AUGUACUCUGGCCCUGAUUGUGAAAUGUCGAACUGUGAAGUUUGCAAUGAUCUCAAACAGAAGAGAUCGGGGAUGAGGCUUGCCAUCGAAUUCACUUCAAACGAGUUAGAGCAUGCAGCGCUUGUCAAAAAAUGCCGGUUCUGUUCCAUUAUAUUACAGGGAGUCGUUCUAAUGCAAGAUGAGACUUGGUCGGUGAUGACAGAUACCUCUACCAUCAAUGCUUAUGCCUUCUCCGGAGAUACACUCUUCCUAGAGAUCUCAUUCCUCAAGGAAAAGCCGAGGCUCGUGUUGGAGUUUUUCAGCGAUGUAGCUUGCCCAGAUCCGAUGAUGAGGAAAGCAAUUUGGCCAAGACCGACCCCCAGUGGCCACCCCCUAUCCAAACGAGCAAUAGAAUGGGUGAAAACAAAAAUGGACCAGUGUAGCAAUGAUCACAUCUGUCAUUCUUUGGAGCCUACUCCAUUACCAGACAGGGUUCUCUCAUUCAAAGCUUCUCUUGACGGCAAGAUCACGAUCUGCGUCAGCGAACAAAAGAGAAAACUGGGCAAAUACGCUACUCUCAGUCACCGUUGGGGCUUGAAUCACAACUUUAUCACCACGAUCGCGAACUUAAGCGAUAGAAAAAAGGGAAUAUCGUGGAACGAGCUUCCUAAGAUGUUCCAGGAUGCUGUUCGAUUCUGUUUGGAGCUCGAUAUAUCCUACCUCUGGAUUGACGCGCUUUGCAUCGUUCAAGACGAUCCGAGAGAUUGGGAGAUACAAUCCGCAAAAAUGGCUGACAUUUACCAUCUUUCGUGGCUCACACUGGCUGCAACUUGGUCCGAUUGCAACUCAACUGGGUGUUUCUCAAAUCAGCCAGCUGAAUAUGUCGAGCACUCAUUGGACUUUACAAACUUGACUCAAGACACCUGCAGGCUAAAAGUUCGCCGUAAGCUUUCGCAUUGGGCCACCAAUCCAACAGCGAUACCAACGCAGGAUAACCCGCUGCUCUCCAGAGCCUGGGUAUUUCAGGAACGAGUGCUGUCGCCAAGAGUCCUUCACUUUUGCCUACAAGAGAUGAUUUGGGAAUGUUGUGAACAUACAAUUUGCGAAUGCGGCGGGUUAUCGAACAAUCUGACUUUGAAGUCAUUAUUCGCGCUUGCAACAGAACUGAAAGUUAGCAAUUUACAAGCCGGAAAUGAAAGUGGAAGAUCAAGCAGAGAGGAGGCUGUACAGUCGGUGAUAGCACGUGUGAAUGAGCAACAAUCGGCUGGAAGACUCGAUGCUGAUUUUGACGAGAUCGAUGAUCAAUUUAAGGCUCGAGAACGGAGACUCGAAACAUCAAGGGAGAUUGCCUUACAGACUCACAAUUCAAAAGUGAAAGAAGCAUUUGUGCCCGUCAAACAGUGGCAUGACAUUGUUGAGCACUACUCUAAGCUGAAUUUGACGAAACGGACUGAUCGCCUCCCAGCGCUAUCAGGCCUUGCACAUCGCAUGGCUCCUUUCCUCGGCGCUUAUUAUGCAGGGCUAUGGAGGUCAUCCCUAUUUCUUGAUCUGGCCUGGAGAGCUGACAGAACCUCAGAUUAUCGCUCUCAGGAAUAUAUAGGCCCUUCCUGGUCCUGGGUAUCUGUGAAUAUAGGGGUUCGAUAUUCCAACAUGGAGGACAUUUGGCUUUUAUCUAGACAGAGUUUCGUCCGUAAUACCGACCGUCACCGGCGCGAGUCAUCGUACAGACGGCCAAUUAUUCGAUCUGUUCAGGCUACGGCUAAGGGGAAGAACUACUAUGGCGAGAUUUCCUCUGCCGUUUUGGUCGUUUUGGGUCUUCUGCGCCCGGCUCACCUGGUCGAACAAUACUUCCUGCCACCUACGGACAUGGCCACAUUUGAACUUGAGAUAGAGCUUUCCCCAGCUUCUUCAUGCAAAGUACCACGCGUCAGCGGAGAGGAGAGUUGA